AUGCUCCUUUGUCGUUCGCUUAUAUCACCAUCAUUAGCAGCGGCUAGUCGAUGCGCAAUCUCAUCUCACGCGCCAUGCCAUAGACCAAUCGCAAGGCAUGGCUACGCGAACACCAAUCUUCAUGCUGGUCGGACGAUGAGCUUCAGCGACAUGUCCGCUUCUGAUUCGACAUCCUCGCUAUUCAAGCAUACCUCUGGUAGAUGGGUUUACAACGAGGACAAACGUCUGGCGGAGCGAGAAAGAACCUUCAAUGUUGGUGCGUUGCAGGCUCUCACUGCUCAUGCAGUUGACCGGAAACCAGAUGAAAUAACCGGUAUACGAAAGAUAGGCGAAUGCGCCUCCAAUCGUCCGUUCGCUGUCCAUUUUAAAGAUGGCUUCAAGAUCGUGGCGCGCAUUCCGUACCCUUCGGUUGAGCCCAAAGGCCUUGUCGUCGCCAGCGAGGCAGCGACUAUGACAUUCCUCCGUCUCAAGAGGCUUCCGGUCCCGAAGAUCUUGGGGCACUCUUGCUCCUCAGAUAACCCUGCUGGCACAGAGUAUAUCUUGAUGGAAUUCUGUUCCGGAACAAAUCUCGCCCGCAUAUGGGACGAUCUCGAGGAAGCCAAACGAAUCCAGGUCGCCACAAGCCUGGUAGAUGUGGAGAAACGACUGUCCGAUGUCCGCUUGCCAGCGAGCGGCAGUCUCUACUUUCUUCGAGAUUUACCCGCAGAUGCGACUAAGAUUGCCGUGGAUGCAGAGGACGUUGGCCGCCCGGACUCAAAUUUCCUGGGUCCGACCACCGAUCUUUCCUUCUGGUCUGGUAGGAGAAGCAGCCUUGAUGUCGAUCGAGGAUCUUUCCCCACCCCAGAAGCUGCCAUGGACUCUGGCGCCAUCAAAGAGAUGCGCUAUCUGGAACAAUAUGGCCGGCCUCUUCUACCAUUCAACCGCUUUCAAAGAGAGACAUUCAAAUUCGAGAAACAGCUGCCAUCGGUUCAUCUCGAUAGUAUACAAAAGUACCUACAGAUCUCCAAGUACCUGAUCCCUCGAGCUGAAGGCCCUCAGAUGCCAAUGUUGAGACAUCCAGACCUUCGACCGGGCAAUAUCUUCGUCUCCAACGACUUGAAAAUUACGGCGCUCAUCGACUGGCAGCACAGUGUCGUGCAGCCUCUAUUCUUGACCUGCGGCAUACCAGAAUUUCUAAACUCUCCAUCGUGCUUUUCCGACACGUCCGAACGCCCGAGCACUUCGCCACGUGAGAGCGAAGGCCAAACCGAAUGCCACCAAGCGUAUGUAGAAAUGACGGAACGCCACAAUCCUGGCCACUUUGAGGCUCUUACGUAUCCGUUCGCGGUUGGAAGGCAGAAGAUCCAUCGACUGGCCGGUGAUCCAUGGCAAGGUGACAACAUUCCACUGCGCUCGAGUCUGAUAUUUGUUAAGCAGCACUGGGACCAGAUCAGCUCAGAUCCCGCUGUGCCUUGUCCGAUCGUGUUCACGGAAGAGGAAGAACUGGAAUGCCUCCGUCUUGACGAUGCGGAGCAACAAGGUGUUGAGCAGUUGGAAGAAUUCAAGAGAGCGAUUGGUUUAGGUCCCGAAGGUUGGGUAUCGAAUGAGAACUACGAUGCUGCGAAAGAAGCCAUUGCUCGGAUGAAACAGAUGUCUCUGGAUCAGGCAGAUUCUGAAGAGGAGAUGGUGGCGAUUCGGGAUCAUUGGGUCUUCGAUGAUAUCGAUGAGGAAGAGUAUUCGUGA